AGGAACUUGAAUACUGACGGUGUGUUGGACAGCAGACUGGCUGGAGUUCCACAUACUGUAGGUGUGAAGAACUUGACUAAGGAUGUUUUGGCCAUUCGGUGUCCGUCGGGAUCGUGCUCCUGUCCUCUCCUGCCAGCAACAGUACAGUGAGUGGCUAGCCAGCAGGCAUGAAGCAAGCUUACUUCCCAUGAAGGAAGACCUCGCUCUGUGGAUCAACACCAUUCUGGGAACUAACAAUAUAACAGCUGAGAACUUCCUGGACAUGCUCGAGACUGGAGUUGUGCUCUGCCAGCUGGCUGAAGCGUUACAGGAGAGGAUGGUUCUGGCUAGCAAUGGCAAGCCCUUCAUCCGGCGUAUGAUUCACUGGAGAGCUGAUGCAGCUCCUGGUUCAUUUUUUGCCCGAGACAACACAGCCAACUUUCUGUUCUGGUGCCGUAAAAUUGGCAUAGGCCCAACUCAUCUUUUUGAGUCAGAUGAUCUUGUUCUCCGAAGGCAUCCACGGGAUGUGUGUGUGUGCCUCAUGCAGCUUGGGAGAAUUGUCUCAAAGUAUGGUGUUGAUCCACCUGGUCUGGUCAAAUUGGAAAAAGAGAUUGAGAAAGAAGAAUUUCAUUCCUUAUCCUCACCGAUAGUCUUUGGUUCAUCAUUACCCUCUCCAUCCAGUUCUCUUUUCUUUCCACCUUCUUUUCCACCUCCUUGUCUUUUGCCUACUCCUGUGUCUCCAAUCACACCACCUGCCUCUCCACUUCCAACCUGUUCUUCAGAAUUUGCCUCUGCCCCAGUCUUACAAUCUGAGCCUGAACCUGAGACAGAACCAGAACCUGAGUCUGAACUGGAACCUGAGCCUGAGCCAGAAUCUGUGCUUGAACCAGAACCUCAACCUGAGCUAGAACCAGUACUUGAGCUUGAGCUGGAACAGGAACCAGAACCUAAACCUACGCUGGAAUCUGAACCUGAGCUGAAACCUGAUCUGGAACAUGAAUCUGAGCUGGAACAUGAACCUGAGCUGAAACAUGAGCUGGAACAUGAACCUGAGCCAGAAGCUGAGCUGGAACCUGAACCUCAACCUGAGUCUAAGCCAGAGUGUGAGCUGGAACCUGAACCUGAGCCUGAGCCAGAACCUGAGCUAGAAGCUGAACCAGAACCUGAACCAGAACCUGUGCUGGAACCAGAACCUGAACCUAAGCCUGAACUCGAACCUGAACCUGAGCCUAAGCCAGAAACAGAGCUGGAUCCUCUACCUGAGCUGGAACCUGAACCUGAACCAGAGCCUGAGCUGGAACCAGAUCCUAAGGCUGAGAAGGCAGAUGAGCUGAAACAUGAAACAGAACCUGAGCCUAAACCUAAGCCAGAUACUGAGUUGGUACCUGAACCUGAAACUGAACUUAAGCCUAAACCUGAUCCUAAACCCAAUCCACAGGCAAUUGUUCAAACACCAACAACCACCCCCUCCUCACGAAACCCAAAGGGCAAAGACGGCCUACUGGAUGCUAUAGUGAAACAGAUUUCAGAAGACCCACCAUGCACAUGUGAUGUUAGGUUCCGCAUUGAGAAACAACCCAAAGGCCACUACCGAAUAGGGGAUAAAGUGCUGUAUGUGAGGAUGCUGAAUGAUAAGCAUGUUAUGGUGCGUGUUGGUGGAGGCUGGGAAACACUUGGGACGUACCUGCAGAAGCAUGACCCAUGCAAGGGAGCUUUGCCGAAACCCUCCAAGCUGAACAGCAAGUCACACACUUCCAAGGAGCGUUCACGGGACAGUUACCUGGUUGUAGGAACAUCCUCACGCCUCAAAAAACAAAUGUCCCAGCCUUGAUAUAUGCAGUAAAAGUAACUAAAAAAAUUGUGUAACAAGCACAGUCAAUCUGCAGCAAUGCCCUUUUAUUACUUUCCCUGUUGCAAUGUUGGGUUUAGGGUGAAGUCAGCAGAUAAGGCUGGAACAUGGAUGUGGAAGGGAUGUAGAUGCUUAAUGUAUGUAUAAUGUAUAAUGUAAUAUGUAAGUGCCUUAUUAAAAGAACACAUUUGCAUUUUAUUGUAAAAUCAGAAGGGCAGGAUCUCUCCCUCUCUUUCUCCCUCUCUUUCAUAUAUAUUUCAGCUCUGUCUAAUUAUGGGCAAUUUGAUUCUUAAGAAUGUGUGAAUGAACUCAUACAUUUAAUUCUCAUACCUAUUGUUUGAGUUGACUUAA